AUGACCUGCCAAAGUGUAGAAGAGCUGGAUGCUAUUGUUGAAUCAAAGCUUAGGGAGGUUGAUAAUAAAGUUUCGAACGGAAAUGUUGACUUCAUCAAACAAUAUCUGAUUCAGGCGAUGAACUAUUAUGACAAGUAUAGAUCUGAAAUCAAAAAAAUUGGACCCACAGAAAAGAACCCUAAAUACUAUUGUUUUCAAGAGGCAGCGUAUGUUAACUACAAAGCUUCCCAAGCUUUACUAAGAGAGAGAAUACCCAAGCUGCCUGGCUUUGGAGGAUAUAAAUCUGCGUAUUCAAAAAUCUAUCGUGAACUGAUAGAAAUGGUAGAGGGGCAAGAACAUGAGAUUGCCCAGAUAAAAAGCGGCUUAAGGAAAAACUUUUGUGAUGAUACAUUAGUUCUUCGACUGAGAAGUUUAAAAUCACCAUCUGCUACUCAGCCCAAAAGUUUACCGGAUUCUACACCCACUUCACAAUUUAAACCAAAACCUUCAAAGCCUUUUAGUAUCACAAUCAAUGAGGAAUACAUUUCGGUUGACCAAUUGUCACGCCUUCUUAAAACGAACCCGAAUGACAUACUCCUCAUUGAUCUACGGUCUCGUCAAGAGUACGACGUGUAUCACAUUGAAGAUGGCUCCGGGGUGGACAUGUCAAUAUGUAUAGAACCAAUGAGUAUCAGAAACGGAUACACAGCAGAGGAUCUUUAUCAACUUUCAAUGGCCGUCAAUCCAGAUUAUGAAAGGAGAUUGUUCAAGAAUCGGUCUCAGUAUGAACUGUUGGUAUGUUAUGGUAAUUAUGACAACGAGGCUACUGUUCAAAUGUUCAUGACUAUCAUGAAUAAAGAUACUUCCCUCAAGAGGCGGAGCGUCUAUUUGAAAUCCGGAAUUAAGGGCUGGAAUCAGGAUCUGAGUUUUCAAGAUUCGAAACCGAAUGGGUACUUAACUAGUACGACUGACUACUUCAGUAACACUCCGAAACACACAAUUACGCCCAAAUCAUCAAAAUCAAGUUCAAAACCUACUUUAAAAACUACUGUCAACUCUGGGCCUGCCCACACUGUUGGGAUCAAUAAUCUAGGAAAUACAUGUUACAUGAAUUGCAUACUUCAAUGCCUAUUAGAAAGUGAUAAGUUUGUUUCAUUUUUUUUACAAGGCGAUUAUAAGAAACAUAUCAAUAUUAAUAGCCGAUUAGGCUCGAGAGGUAUAUUGGCUACAGGAUUUCAUUUGUUAGUGCUAUUAAUAUCCAGAUCAUCUGGUAAAACAGUGACUCCUUCUUCAUUUGCCAAAGAUGUUUCAACAGUGAAUAAGAAUUUUAAGUUAGGAGAGCAACAGGAUUGUUUUGAAUUUUUAGAUUUUCUCCUGGAUAGUUUACAUGAAGACCUGAAUGAAUGUGGGAAUGAACCACCAAUCGCAGAACUCACACCUGAAGAGGAAAAGCUUAGGGAAGCUUUACCUAUCAGGAUUGCUUCGACCAUUGAAUGGGAAAGGUAUUUAAAAAACAAUUUUAGCAUAGUAGAAGAUGUGUUUCAAGGGCAGUACUUCUCCAGAUUGGAAUGUACAGUCUGUAAAAGCACUUCAACUACUUAUAACUCAUUCAGUUCACUGUCCUUGCCAAUCCCAUUAGAUCGACAAAAUGUCACACUAGAUGACUGUUUCCAGGCUUUUUGUUCUGUAGAAGAAUUGAACGGAGAUGACAGAUGGCAUUGUCCAAGCUGUAAAAAAAAGCAGGUCGCUUUUAAGAAACUUGGUAUCUCUAGACUACCAAGUGUUCUGAUCGUUCACUUUAAAAGGUUUCAGGUCAAGUGGGAAACAGGUCAUAUAAUCAAGAUAGACAAGUUUAUCAGUUAUCCGUUCAAGCUAUCAAUGGACAAAUAUUGGCCCAAAGCUCAAUCAGAAGAAGAACUAAGAAACUUGGAGAAGCUACCAUCGAGAAAUCAGAAUCCCCCUUUCAAUUAUCGAUUGACAGGGGUGGCUAAUCAUUUUGGGACCAGAACAUCAUCUGGUCACUACACAUCAUAUGUUCAAAAAGGUGGCCAAUGGUAUUACUUUGACGAUAGUGCUGUGACUAGCAAUGUUGAUCGUCAUAAAAUCGUAAAUGGGAACGCCUAUGUUUUAUUUUAUCGACGUAGUUAG